UUUUAUUUCUUAAUAAGAUCUUGAAUAUUGGAGGCAUGCCUCCUCCCUUUCCUUCCAUCUCCACAUAAGGUGGAGAGAGAUCUAGGAUUCAAAAACAUCUGGGUCAAGCAUUCGUCAUCAGGAGAAGCACUGGACUAGGAGGAAGGUGGUCUAAAUUUUAAUUGUAGACUUGGCGCCAACUAACAUUUGACCUAGGCAAGGAAUUUCAUUCACUUCAUGAGAUUUGGCUUCCUCGCAUGUAAAAUGAUGCUAACUCCCUUGUUUUCUCAGGCCCAUUCAGCUCCAAAACUCCAUUCUCUUUUAUUCCAAAGACCCACUGCACAGAUUGACACAAUUUAAAAUAAACUCUAAAACUGAAAUUUCCUGCGUUUCUUCAUGCCAGAGAUCUAAUAAAUACAUGUGAACUUAAUUAAAUCCACCAGCCUGUGGAGGGAAAGAGUUCUGAAGAUUCAUUUAUUUUUUUCAGCACGUGUUUGCUCACCAUUUAGUACAUCCCCCAGCACCAUGCUGGACAGUAAGAGUAGAUACAAAGAAGUACUUCCUGAUAGCGUUGAUAGUUGAACUGGAAACACCUUGAAAAUAAUCACAAAGCAAAAAAUGGACUAGUUACAGCAAACUAUUAUAAAGUAUAAUAAUAGUUGGUAUUUAUUAAGCACUUCGAGUUGCUGGCACCACACUCAUUUAAUCCUCACCCUAAUCCCAUAAGGUAAAUGAUAGUCAUCACCCCAGUUUUACAGAGAAAAUGGAGGCACCGAGAGAGUUAAGUGAUUUGUCCAAAGUUACUGUUUCACACAAGAGAUUUAGAGAGGAUAUUUUACUUGCCUUAGACUCCCUUGGGUCCUCUCUUGGAUAAGUAGGUUUAAGUACUGAGAAAAAGUAAGGGAGUAAUUUGGGAGUGGGAGGAUUGCUUUUGACUUGCUAAGCAGACUUGAUUUUUAUUAAAACGCAAAAGCAACAAAUUUUUUUUCUUAAUUUGGGAGUUGGCGUGUUUUAAUGUCAUUUAUUGUAAAUUUUUUUUGGAGACAGCAUACAUUUUAAGCAGUCUAGAAGUGAAGAGUCUUAAAGUGAGAUAGCUUAUUUCAGCAGAAAACAAUAAUCACAUGAUUCUGUGCUUUGAAGAAAACGAUCCAGAAAGAACUAAAAUUGGGUCAAGUGUUGAGCAUCGCUCAGCACCGCUGGUAGUGACUGCCCAGAGCGGUGGGGACUGAGGGUGGGGGGUGUGCUGGGUGUAACAGAGGCAGGUGUUUCUCCUUUGGAGAAUUCCCAAGUAUAGGUUCUGUCCUUGAAACUUGAGUUGCGGAGGAGACACUCCACAUUGUGAUCUCUGAUGGGAGCCAGCAUAAUUCUUCCCUUGCCUGUCUUCGCCGGAGGGUUUCAGGGACAUGGCACUGGUGGCGCUCGUGACCGGUGCUGCCAACCAUGCUCUGGGGUGGUAAGAAUGUCAGGAAAGUAAAGGGAGCUGCUCUGUGGGUACCAGCCAUGCCUUCAUUCAUCCAGGGGCUUGCAAACAUUGUUACGAUAGACAACCUGGCCCAGAAAAGAAGAAAAAGCCUUUCUUCCUCAGGCCUCUCUCUCCAUACUGAGGAGUCUACUGCUGCUUGUGCAAGCAAAACUCUCUCCUCCCUUCCUGCUGCUCUGCCGCUGAGAGGAAGAGGGAGCUGCCCAGCGGCCUCACGCAGUAACCCUCUGCUGGUGAGUUCCCAGAACCCAGCAUCCUGCAAGCUGCCGCUUCGCAGCUGGGGAGAUGGAGCUGCUCUCCGCCCUCCUUGAUUAGGAUAUAUCAGGGUUGUCAGGGCAACUGUUAACGGCAGCGUAUCAUAUUUUCCCCUGUCUGCUGUGGGCUGACUAUUUUACUGUGCGGUAGCAGGAAGAAGACUGGGAAAAGGUGCUGCAGCAGGAAGAAGCUGAUUGAACAGGUUAGGCAGUGGUGGGAGGCACCAGACCCUGCGUGUCUUUAGUAGGGCUUUUCUGGAAAGUGUGUGUGUGUGUGUGUGUGUGUGUGUGUGUGUGCGCGCGCGCGCAUGCAUGCGCCCGAGCAAUCACCAGCGCAUGUGCCUGUCGGGGAGUCAGUGGGAGGGGGCUGGUAGGGGAGGUGGGGAAGCUGCUGCUAGGUGAGGGGAACUGCAGGGGCUCAGUUGCCAAGUGGCUGGUACUAUCUGUCAGCUGUUUGCAAACUGUUUACCCAUAGGGGAUCUAUUACAAGUGCUCAAAUGAACAGGCAGCUUAGGAACUAGCAGCUUCCUGGGAGCUGCAAUUACAUAAGCAUAUAUUUUUAAUAUAAUAAUAAUUAAAAAAAAAAAAAAAAGUAGCAGCGGUAUGCCUGGAUCAGCUACAGCUCUCCGACACGAGAGACUGAAGAAGACCAAUGCAAGGCCAAUUCCCCUUGGUUUAUUCACCAUUAAUGAGGAAGACGAACAGCAAAAGAAUGGAAAUUCCAGAAGAGCAAAAGCACCCGAUAGCUAUAAAGUGCAAGAUAAGAAAAAUGCCUCCAACCGCCCUGCCUCUGCAAUUUCAGGACAAAAUAACAACCACUCAGGAAAUAAACCAGACCCUCCGCCUGUGUUACGUGUUGAUGACCGGCAGCGGCUGGCCCGGGAGCGACGUGAAGAAAGGGAGAAACAGCUAGCUGCAAGAGAAAUAGUGUGGUUAGAAAGAGAAGAGCGAGCCAGGCAGCACUACGAGAAGCACCUGGAAGAGCGGAAGAAGAAGUUGGAGGAGCAGAGGCAGAAGGAGGAGCGGAGGAGGGCUGCAGUGGAGGAGAAGCGGAGGCAGAGACUUGAGGAGGACAAAGAACGCCAUGAAGCUGUUGUACGGCGCACAAUGGAAAGGAGCCAGAAGCCAAAACAGAAGCAUAACCGUUGGUCAUGGGGAGGCUCUCUCCAUGGUAGCCCGAGCAUCCACAGUGCAGAUCCAGACAGGCGGUCAGUUUCCACCAUGAAUCUUUCGAAACAUGUUGAUCCCGUCAUUAGCAAGCGGCUCUCCUCCUCAUCUGCAACUUUACUAAAUUCUCCAGAUAGAGCUCGCCGCCUGCAGCUCAGCCCAUGGGAGAGCAGCGUUGUUAACAGACUCCUGACGCCCACACAUUCGUUCCUGGCCAGAAGUAAAAGCACAGCUGCCUUAUCUGGAGAAGCAGCAUCUUGCAGCCCCAUCAUCAUGCCCUACAAAGCUGCACACUCUAGAAAUUCGAUGGAUCGACCAAAACUCUUUGUAACACCACCUGAGGGCUCUUCUCGCAGGAGGACCAUUCAUGGCAUAGCGGGCUAUAAAAAAGAGAGAGAGAGAGAAAAUGUACCCUUCCUCACAUCUGGCACCCGAAGGGCUAUAUCUCCAUCUAAUCCCAAAGCAAGACCGCCAGCUCCCUCCCGACUUUGGCUUCCGUCCAAGUCUCUUCCUCAUUUGCCUGGCACACCCAGACCGACAUCCUCCUUGCCACCCGGCUCAGUCAAAGCUGCUCCUGCUCAGGUCCGGCCCCCAUCCCCUGGCAACAUCCGCCCUGUCAAGAGGGAAGUCAGAGUGGAGCCUGAGAAAAAAGACCCUGAGAAGGAACCUCAGAAAGUUGCCAAUGAGCCCUCACUAAAGGGAAGAGCACCUUUAGUGAAGGUAGAAGAAGCCACAGUUGAAGAGGGGAAACCUGCUGAACCAGAAGCUGGCCCUGCUGCUCCAGCCACGGCCCCAGUUCCAGUCACGGCCCCAGCUCCAGCCUUGGCCUCAGCUCCAGCCCCGGUCCCCACCCCAGCCAUGGUCUCAGCCCCAUCAUCCACUGUGAUUGCCAGUGCUUCUCCUAAGACUUCUGCAGGUACCACCAACCCAGAGGAGGCCACAAGGCUGCUAGCUGAGAAGAGGCGGCUGGCCCGAGAGCAGAGAGAAAAGGAAGAAAGGGAGAGGAAGGAGCAAGAAGAACUUGAAAGACAAAAGAGAGAGGAAUUGGCUCAACGGGUGGCUGAAGAGAGGACUCGCCGUGAGGAGGAGUCGCGCCGGCUGGAAGCCGAGCAGGCCCGGGAGAAGGAGGAGCAGCUGCGGCGGCAGACGGAGGAGCGGGCGCUGCGCGAGCGGGAGGAGGCGGAGCGCGCCCAGAGGCAGAAAGAAGAAGAAGCUCGCGUUCGUGAAGAAGCAGAGAGAGCCCGGCAAGAACGAGAGAAGCAUUUCCAGAGAGAAGAGCUGGAGCGCUUGGAGAGAAAGAAGCGACUUGAGGAGAUUAUGAAAAGAACCAGGAGGACAGAAGCUACAGAUAAGAAAACCAGUGAUCAGAGAAAUGGUGAUAUAGCCAAGGGAACUCUCACCGGAGGAACAGAGGUAUCUGCACUUCCAUGUACGACAAACGCUCCGGGAAAUGGAGAGCCGGUAGGCAGCCCACAUGUGGUUACCUCACACCAAUCAAAAGUGACAGUGGAGAGCACUCCUGAUUUGGAAAAACAACCAAAUGAAAAUGGAGUAUCUGUUCAGAAUGAAAAUUUUGAAGAAAUUAUAAACUUACCCAUUGGAUCUAAACCAUCCAAAUUAGAUGUCACCAAUAGUGAGAGCCCAGAAAUUCCUUUGAAUCCAAUUUUGGCCUUUGAUGAUGAAGGGACACUUGGGCCCCUGCCUCAGGUAGAUGGUGUUCAGACACAACAGACUGCAGAAGUUAUAUGAGUAUUUCUUCUGAAGAACCAAAGCUGAAAUUUAAUGAGAAUUUCUACAAUUAAUGGAAUUCCUUUCAUGCUAUAAAGGAGCAUCCCCUCCGCCAGUUUUCUAAAGAGUUCUUGACCAUCAUUUUGAAAAGAUUUAUUAAAACUAGCUAAAGACAACAGACUGGAUAGCUUUUCUAAUCAUUUUCAUCAAUAGGGAAAAAGAAAUACGUCUCAUUCUUCAAUACUUUAAAAUGGCUUUUUCCAGUGUGCUCCUUCUUAGCAAUCAAUAUUUUUCUGCAUUCUUUAAAAGACAAGAGAAUUUGGUUAUAAAAGAAAUGGGCUGACUAGGCAUGUUUUUUUGGUCUUAAAAGCUUAACAUGUAAAAUUGGCAAAAAAAUUUUUACCUUUUAUAAUACUUGAAAAAUAAGUACCUCUUUGCUCUACAAGUAGAAUGAAUAGGGGAAGAGUUUAAACCUGUUUGUUAAAAUAUUAUUGCAAAGAGCUCUAUUUGUAGAAGCAAAUUAUAGGCAGAUUACCAGGUUCUUAUAAAUACAACUUGUACAUGGACAUUCUGCAAACCCAGCUGUCACAUUUUUCUUGCAACUCCUUUUGCAAAAGCAGACUAAAAUGUUUUAAAAUGUGAAAAAAAACAUUAUUUUUUCAAAGCAAGAAAAUAAUUUACUACCCUCUUACAUAAUGUAUUUAUAAACUUUUUCCAGAUAAACUAAUCAAAUAAAUUAGAACAAUGUGACAACAUUACAAAUUUAAUUUGUUAGCUGCAUUCCUUCUGAUGUUACCACGAGAGAAUGUUACUGAUGAUUCAGGGCUGUUUCUGAAGUCUGUGUGUUGCUGCUGUCCCCAGUGAUGGUGGACUUCUCUUUGCCUUACCUGAUCACAAAUUAUGUUGGGGAAAAUAAAGAUUUAAUAUUUCUUUCAAUAGAAAAAGAAUUUGGUUUUGCUCGUUUAAGAGCAAUGAGAAAAUGAUGGAAUGUUGACUGUGUUUGGCACACAGGACACGGACCUUCAUGGAAGUCCAUGCUCUGCGUGGCAUCUGUCAGCUUUUCACCUUUCAUUCUUCUUCUUCACUUUUGCUGCUGAGCCUAGCUGUACAAACUUGCACUUUCAUUUACUAAUAUAAAUUCAAUUUUAUUUUACCAUUUUAGAGACUACUAAAGAUUAAAUGUAGAAGGAGAGGGUGCACGUGUUUUUAUGUGGAGUGUUAAAAAAGAUAAAUUUAUACCACGGUAACGUGCAGCUUUUAUGAAGAGAGAAAUUGGUUAAACUGCUAGGUUGAAUGAGAGACUUCAUCUAUUGGACUAUUUGUUUUAAUCCAGGCAUAUGGUCUUUAGUAACAGCUUGUAAUUUGUUAAAACAUUAAUUUGGGGGUUUUCCCUAUUUUCAGUUGUCCAUGUACACAGUCAUUAUAUUAAAAAAGAAAUCUGUUCAACAAAGUUGUUUAAUUUGUUUAAAUCAACAUAGCAUGAAACACCAAAUAAAAUGUUUGACAUAGUUUUA